CGCUGCUCCGGUGAAAGGAGCUGCUGCUGCUGCUGCUGCGGAGUGAGCCAGGGGUGCAGCCACACCUGCAACAGCUGCAUCGCCCGCAUCGCCAGACCGGCUCUCAGAUCUGAAACGCCCUCCGUUCAACAUGCUUCUCCUUGGCCUCCUGUUUCUGCUUGUUUUGCAAAGCGAAGGCUUCAGCACCAGUUUUCCUGAUGAAACCUUUGCGGAGUUUUCAGUGAAUGUUUACAAUCAGCUGAGAGCUGCGGGGGAAGAUGAAAACAUUAUUUUCUCUCCACUGGGAAUAUCAAUCGCCGUGGGAAUGGUGGAACUCGGAGCUCAUGGGUCCACCCUUAAGGAAAUCAGACACGCCAUGGGAUAUGAAGUUUUGAAAAACGGUGAAGAAUUUUCCUUCUUGAAGGACCUUUCUGACAUGGCAAACGCUGAAGACAGCCAGUACGUGAUGAAGCUUGCCAAUUCCCUCUAUGUACAGAACGGGUUUCACGUCAGUGACAAAUUUUUGCAGCUGAUGAAGACGUACUUCAAAGCUGAAGUGGAAGAUGUGGAUUUCAGUCAAAACAUAGCAGUCGCCAGCCACAUCAAUAGAUGGGUGGAGAAUCACACAAAUAACAUGAUCAAAGAUUUUGUGUCGGCCAGGGAUUUUGGCGCUCUCACUCACUUGGCCCUCGUCAAUGCAAUCUACUUUAAGGGAAAUUGGAAGUCUCAGUUCAGGCCAGAAAACACAAGAACCUUCUCCUUCACUAAAGAUGACGAAAGUGAAGUGCAAAUUCCAAUGAUGUACCAGCAGGGAGAAUUUUAUUACGGGGAGUUCAGUGACGGCUCCAAUGAAGCUGGGGGCAUCUAUCAAGUUCUGGAAAUCCCCUAUGAAGGAGAUGAGUUCAGCAUGAUGAUUAUUCUUUCCAGGCAAGAAGUACCCCUAGCCUCACUGGAACCUCUGGUCAAAGCCCAGCUGAUUGAGGAAUGGGCAAGCUCUGUGAAGAAGCAGAAGGUGGAAGUCUAUCUACCCAGGUUCACAAUAGAACAGGAAAUUGAUCUGAAGGAUGUUCUGAAGGGCCUGGGAAUUACAGAAGUGUUCAGCCGGAGCGCUGAUCUCACCGCAAUGUCUGACAACAAAGAACUUCACCUUUCAAAAGCAGUUCACAAGUCUAUCUUCGAAGUGAAUGAAGAAGGCUCAGAAGCUGCCGCCGCCUCAGGAAUGAUAGCCAUAAGCAGGAUGGCCGUGCUGUACCCCCAAGUUAUAGUGGAUCAUCCUUUUUUCUUUGUGGUCAGGAACAGAAGAACAAGUACCAUCGUUUUCAUGGGGAGAGUGAUGCACCCAGAAUCGAUGAAUACAAGUGCUCACGACUUUGAAGAACUGUAAAAUCCCCACAAGGCUCACCAAACCUACCCACCCACCCACAAAAGAAAAUAAGCACACUGAGAUUGCAGUCGAUGUAUUUAAGAUUUGCCGUGUGAUUUGUUUGUUUCUUUUUUGCAUUGUUACAUUCGAGGCACGGUUUAAACGGAAAGGAAGAAGGGAGGGGGGGGAAGGAAAACCAGCUUCCAGAUCUUAACUUCAGCUAGAAAUUGCAGGCUACAGCUGUGGAAGAAAAGCUUUCAGUAUUAAAGUAAAUGUCGUCCUUGUGAUGUCUUGUGUUGGUCCUUUAAAAUAAAAACCGUAACCAUCUCA